UCAUAACUGACCGGCUGACAAUUAGGCUAAUCCUCAUGUUGUUAUUUGGGUGCAGGGAUUAACUUGUAAAAGCAUGCUAUAUAUAUAUAUAUGUGAACAUAGAUUAAUGGGACAGGACUCACGUGAGUUUAGUUUAUGAGUAUAUAACAUGAGUAUUCAACAAUAUAAACAAGGUAUGGCACACAGUGUGAGAGUCAAAUCAGUCCAGAAAGAGCGAGGAAGAUGAGACAGGGCGAGAGGGAGUGGCCAAACACUCCUAAUCCAGAAUGAUCCAGUGACUCAGCCUUAGUCCACAUUAAUCUACCAGUAACUCACUGUCUGUAGGACGGAGGAAAUAUAAACACAUAGCUACUGGUUCUUUUAGUUUUGUAAACACCAAAAUUUAAACUUCUCCUUUUGUUUCUAUUGGAUUAUCACUAUUAUCAUCAUAAGAACUGGUACAACAGGCGAGACGCAUGGCGCUGCUGAGGUCAGGCUGGCUGUGGAGACAGACUUCUGUCCUAAAGCGCUGGAAGUUAAACUGGUGUGACCUCUGGAUAGACGGGAGUCUUUGCUUUUACCAGACUGACAGCAGGCGAGAGCUGGAGUACCGCGUCAGCCUCAAGACAACAUGUGUAGAUGUGAGAUCUGGCCUGGAAUGUGGAGGUGUGACUCCACCAGAGAGUAAUCCCAGGGAGAAUCUCAUUACAGUUCAGCUCACAAGCGGCUCUACAGUCAACUUGUGUGCUAACAGCGAAGAUGAAUCCUUAGCGUGGAAACUGACUCUGCUGGACACCAGGAGAAACCCGGUGUUCACAUACGACCCAUAUGAUGACACCUACCAGGCUAUCCCCAUCAACGGCCACCACACUGUCUACAUCACACCUGGAGCAGGACCAGGAACCCACCAGGUGAUUGUUCAGAGGGACCCGUUUGAUGGAGUGUUGUCGAAUCUGGCGAUGGGAUUACUGGCAGGCAUGGCAGCAGGGACGGUCAUGAGAUCCCUCCUCUGGACGCCCGUCUUCUUCUGCUGAGAUCACCUCCAUUACUGACAUGACCACACUGCACACGGCCCGGGAGCCAGACAUCAGCAUGUGUAGAAAGCCCCAAUCAUGUCUGCUGUAACAAACUGCUUUUCUGGGUUUUUUUUUUCUUUUCUUACGUACACUUUUGCAUGUAAGAAAAGGAUGCUAUGUAAUUCUACGUUCUUCCUGCUUGUUAAACACACUGAAGCUACACAUGAGCAAACGCCAGGAAGUCGAUCUUGUAACUGAAUAUUCUUCAAUCUGCUGCCUGAAUUUUACACUUCAUAGCUUGAUAAAAGUGUAGUCUGUACAAUACUAGGAAAUAAAUUGAAAUAUAAUUAAG